GGAAAUAACAGAUGACAAUGAAUUAUACGAUGAUGAUUAUAUUUCGGUAGAACCUUCAAGUGUUACCGAUCUACAACUCUCGUCAUCGUGUCUCUUACUACAACACCAUAAAGACUUCAUACGCUGUCUUCCCGUGCAUCUCUCUAAGUUUGUUCUAAGUUACUUAGAUAAAGCAAGCUUGGUGAACUGUUUAUGCAUUAGUAAACAUUGGAGGAUGUUGUGUGAGGAAGUUCAGCAAGAUGUCUUUGUCCAUCAGAUUAUGAUGGAAGAAGUUAUGAUGAUGCAGGUGGGUUUAUGUUCACAGCGGUGUCUUAACUAGCAAUCAACCCGUCCAAAAGUGCUGGACCAUGCCAUUUUAAAAGCAGAUCUUCGUCUUCUAAAAACGUGAUUCUUAGCAUAGGAAGCCCAAUAGCUAGGCGUGUGCAUACCAUUAAGUUAUAUUUAUUCCUGAAAAAGGAUUCUCCUAUGACGAAUACACAAUCUCACUGGCUGUCAAAAAACCGACAGGCACGUAUAUACUAACUAUACAACGUAUUCCAUUCAGGGUGCAACAGCAAAAGGUCUCAAUCCAAAAUACGCAAAGAAACUGAAUGUGUGUGUUCCUAAAUAUAAAGAUGAAAUGAGAAAUGACAUUGAUCAUUCUGAAGUUGUUCCUUCUACGUCUUUCUUAAGAAGUCGUGAAGACGAACUACACUUUAGGUAAGAUGACGAUCGCCGAUGUAUGAGAACUUUCGACGUCUUUCGUGCAUUCGCGAUCGGCGACCAUCGGCGAUAAGCGUCGCCGAUUGUCGGUUACAGUUUGCGAUGAAUGAGAACUAGGCUUGAAUAUGCUAUAUGCAUCUAAAUUGUAUACAAUCACAUUUAAGGUAAUUCCGCAGUUUUGCAUUGCGCACUUUUGCUGCGCAUAACUUAUAACUUAUAAUUUCAUCCAUUAAAAAAAUCAUUUUAUGACCAUUUUUGUUACUUCAAAACAUCUUUGAUUACAUUCGUGCAAAGAAUUACGUUAAAAUCAAUGUUUUCAAAAAAGAGGUAAAAAGUGUAGCUAGGGUUCCUGUGUCUGUAGUAUAUUUAUUUACUUGUAUUUCACGUUUUAAUGCCACAAUUCCCUAAAAAGAUCGAUGACACCCGUUUUUUAACUGAUGAUUUAUUUCUUUAAUGCAUUUUACAUUUGAUAUCCGAAAUUAAAAGAAAAAUCAUUUCUGGAUCUUGAAAAAAAAUCCUUUAUCAAUGCAUGUUCUCGAAGAAAGAUAUGUAAAGAAAUGUGCAAAAGACAUUUGUGGAUCAGAAUUGUAUACAUUAGUAGUUUCAUUUUGCUCAAAACACAAUAUUUUUUCAAAAAUAAUUACAAGAUAGGUUUACUAAAGCAAAAUCCGCGCUAAAAACAUCAACAAAUAUCGGGCUGUUGUGAUUUUGCUGUUACUCGUAAUGAGCGUCAAGAUGGCGCCAUAUUGGGCUAAAGGUGGUAUAUUGUGAUUGUCAUAUCUUCUUAACGAGUUCGGUGACCCCGACUUUUUUGUGUGAUUUUACUUUAAGUAUAUCAUAACUCCAUGCCUGGGAAGUUUCAGCAUCUUAACUGUAUAAAAUUUACACUCAAAAUUUUCAUCAAGAAAAUCCUUCAAAAUUAAUUUUGUUGAGUGAGAAGUUUGUCUUGCUUUGCCGGGUAGAGUAAACUAAAUGCAUAAUUAGCCCAUUGUAUAAUUUUUUCAUCGUUAUACAUAACUUAAUUCGCUAGCGAAGGUAUAUACAGUCUCCGUGUGCCCGCUGGAUUUCUGACUGGUAUUCGCAAGUAACUUGUGGUUGAUGUUGAAUAGAGUUCUAAGGCAGUUUGUUUUACAGAAGUAUGGCCUACUGCUACGAAGGCAUUGAAACCAUUCAUGUCGAAAUGGAAGAAAGGAACUUGUUCUGUGGAGCAUACAAUGUAUUUGUCUUACAAGACGCUGAAGACCCCAACCGUUGCACUACUUUUAACGGCGGAGAGCUGGUAGUGGUGGGAUCAUCGGAUCGUAGAGUCAGGCUAGUAUGCGCUAGCACUGGCAGGAGCGAGAAGAUUAUUAAAGGUCAUGCUGGCUCUGUCAGAAGUCUUCUUAUCAAUGAGAAACGUGGCUUUGUUUUAAGCGGUAGCUACGAUACAUCGAUUAGGUAUAACCAUGGAUCAAUCAUUAGUUACAACCUUUUGUCCCAUCUUCCUGAGCAACUCGAGGUAGAUAAGGAGCUCUACUGCCUCCAAUCGCAACCUAACUUUUUAUUACUCACUUUCGUCGUAUAUGCCUGAUAGCCAACUCAUCGGCUCUCAGCUCAUAUACGACUCGAGUUUACAGAAUAACUGUUAAAUAUACUCGAGGGAUGACGUCAUCUGCCAACAAGGUGGAGAUACUCUUGUUGGCGAAUGACGUCAUUCCUCAACUGAGUAUACAGGGUGUAACAAAAAAAGGUAAUCGAACUUCAGCGCGCUAUUGCAUCUGAAUUACUCUGCGUAUGACCGAGGAUGCGAAAUGGAUGACAAAUGAGCAAAUACGAAUCCGAUAAAAAUUGUUAGUCAGAAUCGCAUAUUUUCACCGUUGAGAGUUGGGUCCAAAACCAUUGAAAAUUAACCCCAUUUAGGAUUUAAGUUGAUGAAUUUCAAUUCAUUAAACUACACACAUAUUCAUAAUUGUUAUCAAGUAGGAAUAAAUCUUAGCUAUAGCUGUGACAAGUUCGUGAUCAAUUUCUUUUUCUUUUGUUAUGCACUGCUUAAUUAGGCACAGAGGUGAAAAUAUGCGAUUCUGACUAACGUUUUUUAAUCGGACUCGUACUUGCUUAUUUUUUCUCCACUUGGCAUGAAAAACAUGUAGCUAAAAGCUGAUCUGAUCUUUUCGAACAUGAAAAAAAUUUGUUCACACGCUGAGUAAUUAACGUACAAUAAUAGCGUGCUGAAGUUCGAUUACUUUACACAUCCUGUGUAAGAAGUUAGGUUUGGACUUCAGAACAGUCCUGAUGAAGACAGUAGACUGGAAUAUGUCGAAAGAUUGGGUCGUGAAUGCAUUGCAUUCAUUUACUUAGUAGUGAGCGAUAACAUGACUGAUAUCUCAGAUGUUUCUCUUACCCAUCUGUUUGCCACAUUUAAAGGCCCUGUCACACUAUUGCGUAUGAGAGAAACGUAUGAGAGAAACGUAUGAGAAGCGUAUGAAAAUUAAUGAAAUAAUUUUCAUACGCACAAAAAUCCUCUGAAAUGCCAGCGUAUGAGUUCCGUACAUCUGGCGUACCUCCAGCGUAUUCAGCGUGUGCCGAGAGUAUGUUUAUCGUAUAAACGAUAGUCCGAAUACGCACAAAAUUCUUGAGCAUGCUUAAAAAAAAUUUCUGCUUCGCCGUCUGUCACCGUAUGCGACCGUGUUUGAAACGUAUACAACCUAAGCCUAACGUACCCCUAGCGUAUGUCAGCGUAUACUGGCGUAUAAGUGAUAUUUUUCAUACGCUAGUACGAACGCAAUAGUGUGACAGAGCCUUAACACAGACGAAUUGUCAAAAUGUAUUUCCCCUUGUUUCCCCUUUCCAGACAAAUAAACUCUUGAUUUUACUUGUUUAGGUAUUGGGAUAUCCGAGAUGGAAAAUGUCACUGUAUAUUCCGCGGGUAA